UCACGGAAGUGCUCUCCUAUAUAAGCACGUGCAGAUCCGCCUGCACGUGCAGAUCGGCCGCAAGCUCCGGUCCAAAAGUAGCGCAAGCCCGUCGUCAUGUUUAGGCUGGUGAUUGUACUCAUCCUGGCGUGCAUCUUCGGGUCAGCGCGAUGUGGGAUUCUCACGCCCACCGUCGGCAAGCUCGUCUCCGAGAAGGUUGUCGAGUCCCACAGCAACAACGUGGUGCACGCGUCCGCGCCGCUGCUGGCCGCCUUCAGGUACCCGAGCGUCGCCUUGGUGCAGCCGGCGGCGGUGCUCUCGAAGACCUCCUCCUCCUCGGCCGAGAAGACGAUCGAGGCCUACGGCCACAGUGAGCUGCACGACGCCGGAGCGCUGGUCGCGCCGCUGGCGAAACCGCUGGAGAACGUCGAGCAGCAUGUCGUGCUACCUGCGAUCGCCGCUCGCGAGUCGCCCUACGCUGUACCGGUCUAUUAUCCUGCGGCGUAUCCACAGCUGGUCGCAGCCGAGAAGACCGUGGCCACCUACGGGCACAGCGUCCAGCACCUCGCGUAAUCGCGUCCUAGCGAUGGGCGGCCCCGAUCUUUGAUCUAAAAGUCGAACUGGGCUCGAAAGAAUCGUUUCAUAAAAAAAUCAAACAAUAAAGAAGCGCUUUCCUGAAGAUCGAUCCU